AUACACAAUACAUACAAAACAAGACAGUUCCAUCUCAUAUAUAUAAUCAAUAUCUCCUUCUUGUUCUCGUUUGAACAUUAUCAGUACUGUUUUUGCUUUAAUUUAUAUCAUCAAUGGCGGUUUCGGGGUUUGAAGGCUUUGAAAAAAGGCUCGAAUUACACUUCUUCGGCGAUGAUCCGGUGAUCGGAAAUAUGGGUCUUCGUUUGCUGGAUUUUGAGUCACUGGAGAAAGUACUGCAUGCAGUGCAAUGCACAGUUGUAUCAGCAGUUGGCAACCAUUAUUUUGACUCUUAUGUACUAUCAGAAUCAAGCCUAUUUGUGUAUCCUACCAAGAUCAUCAUCAAAACAUGUGGGACCACCCAGCUUUUGAAAUCCAUCCGUCCAUUGAUUCAACUUGCUUGUACCAUGGGCCUCAUGAUCUGUUCAUGUAGGUACACCAGAGGAAAUUUCAUUUUCCCUAAAGCACAACCCUACCCACAUACAAGUUUCAAGGAAGAAAUCAUUUUCUUGGAGAAUAAUUUGCCUAACAAUCUUUAUUACAGAAAGGCCUCUGUUUUGCCCUCUAAGUUGUCUUCUCAUUCAUGGCAUGUGUUUUCUGCAUGUGAUGAAUCUCACAUUUUAAUGCAAAACAUGCCUGAUGAGCUAUACACUAUUGAGGUUUGCAUGACAGAGCUUGAUAGGGUUUUGGCAGGAAAGUUUUUCCGGCGUCCAAACGAUGGGAAAAAUGGAGAUUCGGCCGGGAUGGAGAUGACUGAGAUAACAGGAAUUGGUGAUAUUAACCCUGAUGCUCUUAUAUGUGACUUUGCAUUUGAUCCAUGUGGGUAUUCCAUGAAUAGUAUACUCGGUGAUCGGUAUUCUACUAUCCAUGUAACACCAGAGGAUGGGUUUAGUUACGCUAGCUUUGAGUGUGUGGGCUCAAUUUACGAUGAUCCUAAUGACAUCGUCGAGGUGUUGAAGAAGGCGGUGCAAGUUUUUCGGCCUGGGACAGUUUCUGUAUCUACAACCUACACCGAUCACGAAGUGUGGAAGUGCGUAGCAAAAGCAAUUGAACCACUUGGAAUGAAAUUCCGGAGUUGUACGAUGGAUGAGUUCCCGGCCACUGGGAGUGUCGUGUUUCAAACAUUUACAACUCGUAGAAAGUAAGUCGACUAGGAAUGGCGGCGAUGGUGGUGGUGGUGGUGUUAGGUGUGGCAAGGGGUUUAAAAGAGUAAAAAGGUGGGAUAAUUAAUGGGAUUUUAGGAUUUUAGUUAAUUAUUAGAAUUCUUUUUUUCUUUUUCCCCCUUACGAAAUAUGGAUAUAUUGUGCAUGCUUAUGCCAAUGUGGGGUUCAAUUUGUCUAGAAAAAAUUUAAAAUUUGGAAAAUAGGAUGGUUUGGGUUCAUCAUAAUAUUGUACCCCACUUAUAUACAUUUGGCACGCCUACAACUUUUGAGGUUGCAAUAUUAUGUUGUCUA